AUGGCAUAUGAUCCCCGUCGAACAAACUCGGGGACCUCAACUCCCCAACCUCCUCCCCCUCCCCCUCCACCACCAGAGACAUCCACACAAGCCGACAUGGCCUCAGCAACCCAAGCCCUAGAAACAGCCAACCCGGCCAGCGCGGCAGACUCGUACAAGCUCAAGUUCUGCACAGUCUGCGCCUCAAACAACAACCGCUCAAUGGAAGCCCACCUCCAGCUCUCCGGCGCCCCAACAGCCUUCCCCGUGAUAUCCUUCGGCACAGGCUCCCUCGUCCGUCUCCCCGGCCCGUCAAUCACCCAACCAAACGUGUACAGCUUCAACACAACCUCCUACAACCAAAUGUACGAGGAGCUCUCUGGAAAAGACGAGCGUCUGUACCGCGGAAACGGCAUCCUGAACAUGCUCGACCGCAACCGCCAGCUGAAGUGGGGGCCCGAGCGAUUCCAGGACUGGGUGCCUGGUGUCCCGCGUAUCGACCACCUCUCGAAGGGUGACAAGGGUGCGGUUGGAACGGAGGGCGGCGUUGUCGAUGUCAUUAUCACAUGCGAGGAGCGCUGCUGGGAUGCUGUUGUCGAUGAUUUGAUGAAUAAGGGCACCGCGCUCAAUUACCCCGUUCAUGUCUUCAAUGUCGAUAUCAAGGAUAACCAUGAAGAGGCCUUGACUGGUGGAAAGGCGAUUCUUGAUCUAGCCAAUCGUCUGAAUGAGGCUGCUGUUGCUGAGCAUCGUGUUCAUGGAUCUGAAGGCUGGGCAAACGGGACUGGUCCUGCGCGCCAGAGCUUCGACGAGAAGGUCCCUGAGAUCUUGGCGGAUUGGCAAGAAAGAUAUCCCAAUUUGCCGGCAUUGUGGACUUUGGCUUGGCUUUAG